AUGCCCAAUCGACAUCCCCGCAUACCAAAUGUCAAUCUCACAAAGCUCUGCUCAUAUUCUGCUCCGACACGUUCUUUGGUGCAAGCCGCCGCAUCAAAGCGCUGCCACGUCCCGGUUACCACGCUGAGGGCUCCGGCUACGUUCUUCACGCCUACACCUUCCAAGCGCAUGGCCGGAACUAUGUCUGAUUCUGCAAUGAAACUCGUGGACCCCCAGAAAUUGGGCAAAAUCACCUUCAGGAGGACGGAUGAUUUGAUUGAUGAGUGGGAUAUUGAAUAUGAUGAAUCAGAGGGGUCUGAGCAUGCUGGCAUCAUGAAGAGGGCGGCAAAAGAGCUGCAAGAUACCAACAACCCGGUGGCAUUUCCUACCGAAACCGUAUACGGACUCGGCGCAGAUGCUACAAGAAGCGCAGCUGUAAAGGAAAUAUUUGCUAGGAAGGGAAGGCCGGCUGAUAAUCCUCUGAUUGUACAUGUGCACUCGCUACCGCAGUUGCGAGCCCUGUUAGCAGGAAGACUGGAAGCUGAAGGCGACGGGAAGAUUUUGGGCAAAGAUCCGAUUCCUGAAAUCUAUAGGCCGGUGAUUGAACGCUUCUGGCCUGGUCCAAUUACUAUCAUCCUGCCGGUCCCCCAAAACUCGAUCCUCGCGCCAGAGGUUACUGCGGGUCUCUCUACCUUUGGCGCACGUAUGCCCCGUUCCAUCAUCGCAUUGUCGCUCCUGCGACUGUGCGGACGCCCACUUGCUGCACCCUCUGCGAACGCUUCGACGCGACCCUCACCCACCGCCGCGGAGCAUGUCCAUGACGACUUGAGGGAGAAACUCGACUUGAUAAUUGACGGUGGGCCAUGUGAAGUGGGUGUGGAAAGCACAGUCGUAGAUGGCCUGUCAAAUCCACCAGCAAUAUUACGACCAGGCGGUGUCACGGUAGAGCAGUUGAGACAAUGCCCAGGUUGGGAGAGCGUGAUUGUUGGAUAUAAGGAUAAGCAAGCAGAAGAUUCAAGCAAACCGCGAGCGCCUGGAAUGAAGUACAGACAUUACAGUCCAAAGGCAUCCGUUCUUUUGUUUGAAUCCGGAGCAAACAAACCUACGCCUGACGAGCUCAAGAGUAAGAGCAGGAUUGGAAUAAUCCGGACAAAGGGUUGGGAACCUGUAUUAGGCCUCCCCUCUCAGAAAGUACACAAGCCAGAUAUGAUUGGACAGGUGGUCUGCUCUUCACCGGACACAGCAGCUUCCCUAGAUGCUGACACCUCUCCGUCACGACUUUCCAACCUCCUACGCUCCGUCACUCAGCACCAAAUACCGCAUUCAGAUCACUAUAUUGUCAAACCCGGCGCGAUUCAGGUGUGGGAUAUCGAUCUUGGGGCCAAGACAGAAGAUGUCGCGAGAGGAUUAUUCUCGGCGCUUAGAGAGCUGGACAAGAAGGCUGUUGAGACGAUAUAUGUAGAGGGCAUUGACGAUAAGACGGGUGAUGAUAUUGCAGCUGCAGUCAUGAACCGGCUUAGGAAGGCUGCUGAGAUAAGGUGUUAA